UAUGCGCAAGUGUUGCUCAACACUUGCAGCGACGUCACAGCUCAUACAACCACGUUCAACUCUUCCGCAACAUGAUGGUGUUCGUGAAAAUAUCUCAAGCGAAAAGAACACCAAUUAAAAAAACACUACCGAAUACAGAUAUAUGCCGUUAUAAAUUGUAAACGCGGUCGUAUUUAGUAUUUUUUAUCGCUUUACAAAGAACUCUCCUCACUUUAGGGCAGCGUUAGCAUAUUAGCCGUCCAGUACUACAUUAAGAUUCCGAAUCUAAAUAGUUUCGUGAUAGUUGUUAUUAUUCAGUAUUAUGUUUUUCAACAUGAUAUAUGAUCGAUAAUGUUAUUGUGUCGGUCACGUGUUUCUGAACAUGGACAGCGUCGGUAUUUAGAAGUGCUAAAGUUAGUUAGCCAGCUAGCUGACGAAACUGAAGUGCUAUGCAUCAACUUGUUUCUGCUCCGCAAACCGGUAUCACAACAAACCGAGACGUUAAGUUAAACUUCAGCUUUCGGGUUACUGACAUUGUUACUGAGUCCGUCAGUUAGUUAUUAAAUGAGUUGAAAGCCCUUGUACAUGGGCAAUGCACAAUGUCGAGGUUUCUCCUGAGCCUGGUAAUGCUAGGAUGUAAUGUUGCUGUCAAGGAUGUUCAUGCAUUUGAUGAAUCGAUCACGAGACUUUGGAAUGACAGACCAGGAGAACGGUGCUUAGGGAGGGUGGAGGUGCGUCAUGGGCAUCAGUGGGGAACUGUUUGCCAGCGGGGUUGGGAUAUGGAGGAUGCCGCGGUGGUUUGUAGAGAGCUCGACUGUGGCUUUGUGUUGGAUGUCCCGAAUGGCGCUCGGUUCGGACGGUCCAGCGGAGAUGUGUUGUGGAGGAAUGUGAAAUGCUCGGGCGACGAGUUUGCCCUUGACCUUUGUGAACGCACCCUCGAUGAGGGAUUGUGUUCACAUAAUGAAGAUGCUGGAGUGGAGUGCACAGGUAAACUUCCUGUGCCUACCUUGUCUAUUCACUCUCGGUUCUACGCCUAUGCAGCCGGAGAGGCUGUUCACUUUAAAUGCACCGCCCCAUACUGGCAGUCUGUCAUUGACUUCCAUCUGUACAAAAGAGGUGUGAGCACUCCACUGGUGACCCAGCGAGCUGAUCCCAGGCAGAUGACGGUGGAUCUGAUCCUGUCAGACCUGGAAAUCUCUCACCAGGGCAGCUACAGUUGUCUGUACGGGAUUCACAGCAAAGUGGAUAACUCGCCCUCAGGAAACUCUCCACAUAGCAACUUUAUCAACAUCACAGUCUUGGAAAUUCACACUCCCCAAAUUUGGUACAACACCUCUCCUGAAGCUCGGCCAGGUUGGGUCAUCCGGGGACACAGCUUUAACGUCACCUGCUCCGCUCAGCCACAGUACCCGGGAGGUUCUUUCCAGCUGCGGCUUAUCAGACCCAAUGGGACCGUCCGUCACUCGUUGCCAGCCCUUUCUCCAUCAGUCACUUUCACCUUUUCCAAUGCCCAAUCUAAUAAUGAGGGUUACUACUGUUGCCUAUACAAGGUUCAGACCGGGGAGCGGACAUUUGUCUCUAGAGAGAGUCAGCCUUUACCCAUCUCAAUACGGGAAGUGGAUCCAGUAUUGAGCCCGGUGGUAAUCAGUUUAGUGGUGUCUGGUCUGACGUUUGUGGUGGCAACGUGUGCCAUUCUGAUUGUUGCCAAAGUGUACUGCAAGAGAGUAAGGAAACCCACGGAACUGGAAAGAGAGAGCAGGACCUGUGUUGACAAUACAUACAUUGCCUUGACAAUCAAGUAAUGGGCAUGUGGAAAAAAGAGGUUUCCCUAAACUGGUCAUGCUGUGUCUACCUGAAGUUUAAGUGACCCGUCUAAACGAAACUAAACACGGGGCUUAAAGUUUAUCGAUCCACAGAAAUCACUGUUUUUCACAAUUUGUAAUUUUCUGUUGUUUACAAUGGCAUUGUCAUUGGUUAGGGGUUUUCUUUUUCAAAAAUGGAGAUGGGAUCAUUUUGCUGUCUGUAAACGCUGACAUCACUAGACAAAAAAAGGAUGAGACACUAAAAAACUCUUGCACUAACAAGGUUAAAAAGGGCUGUUUUUGGGGGUACCGUAUGUUUAACCUCUUAUGAGGGCUUCCCAAAUUGUUGCAGGUAAAGACUCUAAAACUGUGAAAUGUUUCUCUUUCAAGUACUCUCGGAGAGCCUUUAUAAUUUAAAAUGAUUUAUUUAUUUUUUGUACUACAAUUGUUUUUAAAGACUUUGUGUUAACAUUGUUUGGUUAAUCAUCAUGGACAGAUAGCCCCAGAACAACCUUAUAUGAUCACAUUUUUCAUUAUAUUUCUACAUUUUAAUGUAUGUCUUGUUUGUCCUUUAUAUGAAAAUGAGCCCUCUGAAUCACCAAAUAUGAUGCUGGAUGCUAAAACUGAGGAGAGGGCAAACUUUUCAACACAGAACACUGGAUAUUAUUAUUAUUGUGCACAUGAGAGACGUACUGAACAAAGAAACAGGAACACUAUAUACACUCCAUUUAUAACAAAGAAAACCAAGUUUGUUUAGCUGGUAGAUUUGAAAUGAAUAAGCCAGAUAAACGUAUUUCAUUUUCAUGUAAAAAGCCCUGCUGUUGAUGCUGUAACAUCCAAGUUGUGCAAUUUGUAAAAUCAAUGGUUCUUUUGUUGUGCUCUUUAGUUGUAUUUUUGGUACGUCGAAGAGUUUUUUAUUUUACCAUUAAAAAGUUUACAGUUUUGAUUA